GCCAGCUGGAGUGCUGUCAGUUGCACAGCAAAUCUUUUUACCUCCUGCCCUGUGUAAGGCAUAGAGAACCUCAAGCUAGUGCUCGUCGGCGACUCCGGAGCGGGGAAGACCUCCCUCGCCUCACGUUUCAGCGAUCCGGAGCUGUCCUGGCCGGAUUACAUGCCCCGAACCUACAGCAACUGGGCAAACGCCGUGGACCUCCACCCAACUGCGGCUGAGUCAGCUCUCGGAGUCCCGCAGACAGUGCGGAUGGAGAUGUGGGACUCCAUCGGAGCGGAGGAAGGGGACCGGCUGCGUCCCUUGUCGUAUCCCAUGACGGACAUCUUCGCGCUGUGUUUCGCGGUGGACGAUAGAGAGGCGCUGGCGCGGGUCCGGAACAGGUGGAUCCCUGAGAUCAGGUAUCAUAUGCCUUCGGCAGUCGUUGUGCUGGUGGGCACGAAGAGCGACUUGCGUACGGAUGUCAAGGAAGAGGCUGCGUUCUGGACCAGGGAGGAAGCAUAGCAGCUCAUGCACGACGUGGGUGCUAGAGCAUACAUCGAGACGUCUGCCAAGAAUGGAAAUAAUGUUCCCAAAGCAUUCCAGGCGGCGCUGAAGGAGAUUUUCAAGAGCCGGAGGGGUGCGAAAAGGAAGAUAUACAGGACACCUGUUUGUAUCAUUCUGUAAAUGCCAGUCGGAGUUUGCUGCGUUCCGCCAAGCCACAUGGACUGAGCUUCACAGGCGUACUCGCACGUGUUUUCGAUCGAGGCUUCGGCUCGGCUACCCCGCGUCUAUCUCCUUCUUAGCCGACGACGACCACCUCUAAGCUCCAAGCUCCAUGGUGCAUGCUCCUGUAGAGUCAUUCGUGCGCAACUCACGCCGUAUUCUCAACACGCCCGUCGCCCCCCACCGCCUUGCACGUAUCGCUGGCUCAGCGCCGCAGGCCGUGAAAGAAUACGCCGUGAAAUGGCUCGAUAUCUACCACGCGCCGGGCAACUCGUGCUUUGCGAUGCCCAUGGCGAGCGAGAGCGUCGUCACGCGGGUGGAGCUUACAGAUUCGGUUGAGCUUGUGAUGGAGUGCGAGGUCGAGGUCACAGCAGAGAUGUUGGACGCUGAGGGCAAGGCCGCCAACUCAUUUCUGUUCUCCGUUAUAGACGAAGCUACAUCGUCCGCAGUCACUGCAAUCGACUUCGCGUCCCGCGGACCUGACGCCGUCUCCGGCGUCUCUUUAUAUCUCAACACGUCUUUCCACAACCCUGCAUACCUGUGUGUAGGCUCCGUUCUCCGCUUCAUCUGCACAGCACGGCCAUCCGUCGGCGGUGUGACGAACUGUACAUGCGAGGUUUUCGACGCGAAGACUAGCCGUCUCGUCGCAACAGGUGUUUUCUCGGGAAUGGCUCAGAGAAUCUCUGCGGGAUCUCUCCCAGCUUCUCGAUUGUGA